AUGGGGAGAAACAAAUCCACGAGUUGCGUCCCCAAACCAAGCAAGCAGUCGAUCAGCAAGCUUCUUAUCCAUUUAUGGUUCACGUCGCGCCGCAGACUCGUCGGCGGCCCCUCCUCCGCAGGCCGACAGGUCACCGCUGCCGGAGAAGCAACUGCUGCCGUAAACCUCUCCCACGUCGACCGUUACCUCCUCGAGAACUUCCCAUCUCUUUUCGGCGGCCGCAGCCCCGCCGACGCCGACGGACAUGAAGACAAGCACAACGGCGGCCGCGACUAUGACGACAUCUGUUGGAGCUACUACAUCUCGCGGCCGGACGAGGUGUCUCCGCGGCUGACGCUUCCCUCGCCGCGCGCGAUGCAGGCGUCGGAUCGGUUUUUCGUGCCUGCGACUGCGAGGGCCUCGAGCUCGCUGGCGGAGGAAGCGGGGCUGCAGGCGGGGGCGGCGGAGUGCGGCGGGGAGGCUGUGGUGAGGAUUUCUAGCAAGCCGUACGAGGACUUCCGGCGGUCGAUGGAGGAGAUGGUGGAGGCGCAGGGGCCGGGGCGGCGGCCGGACUGGGAGUUCAUGCAACGGCUGCUCUUCUCGUAUUUGGAGCUCAACGAACAGAGCCUCCACGGGGAAAUAGUCAGGGCGUUCACCGACCUGACGUCCAGCAUCCGAUGCGCGACGAGAACUGGCCGCCGGACUUGA